GCCGCCAUUGCUCGUUCCGAGAACACCACAAAGAACGAUCGGUCGCCAUUCUACAGCAGCGGCAGCGUUUUCCCUCUAACCCGAAGGUAGCCUUUAACUUCAAGUCUACGAGCCUAUAUAUCACGCCAGCAACACCAACAGCAGGCAGCAGCGUCAUGGAGACCGGAUAUGUGGCGCCCGAGCAUCAUCACAUGCCAAGACCUGUAAGCGUUUACGGUGGCGUUGCCGGGACGCACCACGAGCGCACACGUUCGCCGAGCCCUUGUGCCAAGCCUGAGGGGCCUGAACCUCCUGCGCUGCGUCGUGGUAUCCGUCCUUUCGUCAGAACCCACCGAGAGCUAGCAUGGUGUUUUCGACAGCGACAACGAGCUGUGUCCAUCUACGCCGGCCAGCGUUCCAUCUACGCCGGCCAGCAGCAACAACAGUUGUGGAUCCUGCUCUUCAAGACGGCUGAGUGGACUCGUCCCCGAGAGCAAGAAAGAGCUGCUGCAGCACAUCGCUCUUCGGGAAUCCCGCACGGCGCGUACGUCGUGGUGACUUCCAGCAGCACCGGCCAGCAGCAGCAUCUGCAGCUGUGGAUCCUGCUCUUCAAGACGGCCGAGUGGAAUCUUCCUCGAGGUCAAGAAAUAGCUGCACCAGCGCAUCGUGAACUGCCUACGGGAAUCCUGUACGGCGCGUACGUCGAGGCGACUUCAAGCAGCACCGGCCAGCAGCAGCAUCUGCAGCUGUGGAUCCUGCUCUUCAAGACGGCCGAGUGGAAUCUUCCUCGAGGUCAAGUAAAUAGCUGCAGCAGCGCAUCGCAAACUGCCUACGUUAAUCCUGUACGGCGCGUACGUCGAGGCGACUUCCAGCAGCACCGGCCAGCAGCAGCAUCUGUAGCUGUGUAUCCUGCUCUUCAAGACGGCCGAGUGGAAUCUUCCUCGAGGUCAAGUAAAUAG